CACAUGCGGAGCCGGCGAGAGGGGCCGCGGCGGAGCCACUUUCAAUAAAACGCGAGGAGCGCCGAGGAGGGCGGUCACUGGCAGGCGGGCAGACGGCGGAGAGCUUCGGAGCUACCCAGCGGUACCUCGAACUGGGCAGUUCGGUGCCGGGUGUUAACCACCAGCGCUCUGGGAAUUAACAAGAUAUCGGGGCACUUUUUCUUUUUUCCAGAGGGAAUUUGGCACAGAGCGGCUUUUGACAUCCUUAAUUCGGGCUGUCUGGGAGAAAUUUUGCAAAGAGGGAAGACAUCGGCUCCUUUUUGCAGAGAUCUGCCGUGUUAACGUUCAGUUGUUUUUUAAAUAAUUUCUUCCCCAUCGUCGUUUGGAUUUUUUUUCCCUUUUCUGAAGGUUCCAUCUAUGCAUUAUAGGUCGCUAAAGCGCUAGCUUCAUCUGAACAUUUUUAGGGUUUUUUUUUUUCUUUUAGAGCAGGAGGUGGUUGAAUAAACAAAGUAAAGGUGUCUAAGGGAGUAAGGUGACUAUCCAGCAUGGAGAACGCGCACACAAAGACUGUCGAGGAAGUUUACAGUUAUUUCAGCGUCAACGAAAGCACAGGACUGAGUCUGGACCAGGUCAAACGGCAGCGGGACAAAUGGGGACCCAACGAGUUGCCAGCAGAAGAAGGGAAGUCACUGUGGGAGCUGGUCAUUGAGCAGUUUGAAGAUUUACUUGUGCGGAUCCUUCUUCUCGCAGCCUGUAUAUCGUUCGUUCUGGCCUGGUUUGAAGAAGGAGAGGAGACCAUCACUGCCUUUGUGGAGCCUUUCGUUAUCUUAUUAAUUCUUAUCGCCAACGCCAUCGUGGGUGUGUGGCAGGAGCGGAACGCCGAAAAUGCCAUCGAGGCUCUUAAAGAGUACGAGCCCGAGAUGGGCAAGGUCUACCGGCAGGACAGGAAGAGCGUGCAGAGGAUCAAGGCCAAAGAUAUCGUGCCGGGGGACAUUGUGGAGGUGGCAGUGGGAGACAAGGUGCCUGCAGACAUCCGCCUAUGUUCUAUCAAGUCCACCACCCUGAGGGUAGACCAGUCCAUCCUGACAGGAGAGUCUGUGUCUGUCAUCAAGCACACAGACCCGGUGCCCGACCCCCGUGCUGUGAACCAGGAUAAGAAGAACAUGCUCUUCUCUGGCACUAACAUCGCUGCCGGCAAGGCUGUGGGCGUGGUGGUGGCCACGGGCAUCAACACAGAGAUCGGCAAGAUCCGUGACGAGAUGGCCUCCACGGAGCAGGAGAAGACGCCCCUACAGCAGAAGCUGGAUGAGUUUGGCGAGCAGCUCUCCAAGGUGAUCUCGCUCAUCUGCAUCGCCGUGUGGAUCAUCAACAUCGGCCACUUCAACGACCCCGUCCACGGUGGCUCCUGGAUCCGCGGUGCCGUCUACUAUUUCAAGAUCGCCGUGGCGCUGGCUGUGGCUGCCAUUCCCGAAGGCCUGCCGGCCGUCAUCACCACCUGCCUGGCGCUGGGCACGCGCCGCAUGGCCAAGAAAAACGCUAUCGUUCGCAGCCUGCCCUCUGUGGAGACACUGGGCUGUACCUCCGUCAUCUGCUCCGACAAGACGGGCACCCUCACGACCAAUCAGAUGUCCGUGUGCCGGAUGUUCGUCAUCGAUAAGGCUGAAGGGGACAGCUGCUCCCUGAAUGAAUUCACCAUCACUGGCUCCACGUACGCCCCAGAGGGAGAAGUGUUCCAUGAUAACCGGUCUGUGAAGUGCUCCCAGUAUGACGCCUUGGUGGAGUUGGCCACCAUCUGUGCCCUCUGCAACGACUCCUCUCUGGACUUUAACGAGGCCAAGGGGGUGUACGAGAAGGUGGGGGAGGCCACCGAGACUGCCCUCACCUGUCUGGUGGAGAAGAUGAACGUGUUCGACACCGACAUUAAGGGCCUGUCCAAGAUCGAGAGGGCCAAUGCCUGCAAUUCGGUGAUAAAGCAGCUGAUGAAGAAGGAGUUCACCCUGGAGUUCUCCAGAGACAGGAAAUCCAUGUCUGUUUACUGCACCCCCAACAAAUCCCGGUCCUCAAUUGGCAAGAUGUUUGUCAAGGGCGCUCCAGAGGGCGUGAUUGACAGGUGUACGCACAUCCGUGUGGGCAGCAACAAGGUGCCCCUGACAUCGGGCAUCAAAGAUAAGAUUUUGUCGGUGAUCCGGGAGUACGGCACGGGCCGGGACACCCUGCGCUGCUUGGCGCUGGCCACGCGUGACAACCCUCUGAAAAAGGAGGAUCUGGUGCUGGUGGACACAGCUCGCUUCAUCGAGUACGAGUCGGACCUGACUUUCAUCGGCUGCGUGGGCAUGCUGGACCCGCCCCGAACUGAGGUGGCGGCCUCCAUCCGGCUGUGCCGCCUGGCCGGCAUCCGGGUCAUCAUGAUCACGGGUGACAAUAAGGGCACGGCCGUGGCCAUCUGCCGGCGCAUCGGCAUCUUCAGCGAGGACGACGACGUCAACGGCAUGGCCUUCACGGGCCGCGAGUUCGAUGACCUGUCGCCCCAAGGGCAGCGUGACGCCGUCUUGAAGGCCCGCUGCUUUGCCCGCGUCGAGCCCUCCCACAAGUCCAAGAUUGUUGAGUUCCUGCAGUCUUUCAACGAGAUCACAGCCAUGACUGGAGAUGGUGUGAACGAUGCCCCAGCCCUGAAAAAGGCAGAGAUUGGCAUUGCCAUGGGAUCAGGGACCGCUGUGGCCAAGACUGCCUCCGAGAUGGUGCUGGCCGACGACAACUUCUCCACCAUAGUGUCGGCGGUGGAGGAGGGCCGGGCCAUCUACAACAACAUGAAGCAGUUCAUCCGCUACCUUAUCUCGUCCAAUGUGGGCGAGGUCGUCUGCAUCUUCCUGACGGCGGCGCUCGGCUUCCCAGAGGCCCUGAUCCCCGUACAGCUGCUGUGGGUGAACCUGGUGACUGACGGCCUUCCCGCCACCGCCCUGGGCUUCAACCCGCCCGACCUGGACAUCAUGAACAAGCCGCCCCGCAACGCCAGGGAGCCCCUCAUCUCUGGCUGGCUCUUCUUCAGAUACCUGGCCAUCGGAUGUUAUGUGGGUGCUGCUACCGUGGGUGCUGCUGCCUGGUGGUUCAUUGCUGCUGAAGAUGGCCCCCGGGUCACCCUGUAUCAGCUGAGCCACUUCCUGCAGUGCUCCCCAGACAACCCUGAGUUCCAGGACCUGGAGUGCGAGGUGUUCGAAUCUCCCUACCCCAUGACCAUGGCUCUGUCUGUGCUGGUCACCAUCGAGAUGUGCAAUGCUCUCAACAGCCUGUCAGAGAACCAGUCCCUGCUGCGUAUGCCCCCCUGGGAGAACAUCUGGCUGCUGGGGGCCAUCUGCCUGUCCAUGUCCCUGCACUUCCUUAUCCUCUACGUGGAGCCGCUGCCGAUCAUCUUCCAGAUCACCCCCCUGAAUGUCCCCCAGUGGCUGAUGGUGCUGAAGAUCUCCCUACCUGUCAUUCUGCUGGACGAGAUGCUCAAAUUCAUAGCACGCAACUACCUGGAACCUGGUAAAGAGCUAGAGUGCCCUGUGCCGAAGGGGGGCGGGGCCUGUGGGCCGAUGGGCUGCAUGGAGGGUGUGUCCUGGUCCUUCGUGGGUGUGGCCUUACCCCUGGUGCUGUGGCUCUACAGUACUGACACUAAUGUGGUAGACAUGUUCUGGUCCUGACUGGCAUGAGCACGGUGUGGGCGGAGCUUAACACUCAUCUAAUGACAUUAACGACACCGGGUUUAACAACUACGGCAGAAUGAACCGGAACCACCGCUUGCAUCGACAGCGACCAUCGCCGGGAUUUCCUGCUGAUCCUCUGGACAAUGUCACCGCCGAUUCUUUACUGUCCCAUUUUAAACCUGUAUUUUAAAAAGUCCUCAUGACUAAUUUCAUAGCAUAUAUUUUUUUGGUCCUUCCUUCUGUCCCAAAUAUAGAUGAGGCAGGGACUGUCAUGCAACAUCUAUGUAGGUAUAACACUUUUUUUAUGCGGUUUUUUUUUGGGGGGGGGGGAGGUAGGAGUCACUGGCAUGUACCCUGCUCUUGUUUACUAAUGUUUUGUUGUUGUCUUCAGAACAACUGCGCCCCCUGUCAGGUGGUGGAGUAGUGCCACGCAGCAGGCUGAGGAGAGUGUGUAUGUGUGUCUGUCUGCCUGUCCAUCUGAGUGGCUAGUGUACACCCACUGCCCUUGCACAGGGAAAUGUAAGGGGGUGUUUUUUCUAAACACACAUUUUCUUUCCUACUCUUGGCAGAGCCCAGCUACCUCAGUAAUGCUCAUUAAUGUUUUAUUUUUUCUUCAUUUUUUAUGACCGCAAACAUUCUUCCAUCACUCUAUUCCCCUGAAACUGAAUUAUACCCUUAGAUGUACUAAAUGAAAUAAGCAGCUGUCUCUGUUUUCUUUAUUAUUUUUAAUGUAUUGAUUUAAAAAAAGAAGAAUUUGUAGGCCAAGGGACAAGGGAGAAGUUGUGCGGCUGUAGCCGAACUGAGACGGGUGUUGAUAGCGAUAUCCUGCUUUGUAAAACCUAACUGAGACCGGUGUUGAUAGUGAUAUCCUGCUUUGUAAAGCCUAACUGAGACGGGUGUUGAUAGCGAUAUCCUGCUUUGUAAAAUAGGGACUUAAAACCACACAGUCCCAACUACAGGACAGUACUCACUGAGUCUGCGUUUAAGAUUUCGCCUCUAUCUUAUGUGUGGCACUGCUGAAAUUGAUCCUGUUUUUUUUUUUUUUUAUUCAACUGUAAAUAGUUGUGCACAUACUGUACUUGAAUUGUGAAAGUUUUCGAGCUGCUGCCUAUUUUAAACCAUUGAGCACAAGUACUGUGGUCUGUAGCUCUGUGUGUGUGUGUGUGUGUGUGUGUGUGUGUGUGUGUGUGUGUGUGUGUGUGUGUGUGUGUAUAUGAUGACACAUCCUCACCUUGACAGGAGCUCCUUGUGAUCAAUGUUCCUUUGAAAUGCAGUAAAAAUGUAUGUUUGCACAACACUGGAGCGGUAUUUGCAGGUGUGAGGGUUUUAAGAGGUUAUACUUUUCUGCUGUUAUACUAACCUUGUUCUACAUGGGGGAGUCUGCGUUAAAUGCCACCCCCCCCCCCCUGCGGCUGCGCUGGUUUUCAUCUGCCGUACUGCGGUUCUGUUCAGGUUUCCUUCGUGCACUAUUUCAUACCUCCAUUCUCCCACAAUUCCCUGCCUUGCCCUCUGUUUCCCCGUAUGGCCGGACCCCUUUGCAUACCGGCACUCCUCGCUCCCUCUCUCUCGUCUCAUGCCACAUGGGUGCCUGAUCAGGUGCCUGAUCCACCAUUGUUUUCUGCUCCCUGUAGAGGUGAGGUUUAGUACCUGGGGGACAGGGGGGGGUGGCUUGCCUUUGGCUUCUGCCUUCGCUUGGGUUUGACCAGAGGCUUUUUUCUGCUUUUUAAGACACUGCAGCUGAGUGUAAACAAGCACAGGCCACUGACGAUUGAGGGCGACGUAGUGCUCCUUAACUCCUUUACUGGGGCACCAGUCAAGGUCGCGACUGAACACUGUGGGCUGCGGCUUUGCGGGGAGACAUCCAGCUUACUUUACUUUUUUCUUUUUUUUUUGCAGGUAUAUUCACCACAGAUUCUAGAAAUAGUUUGUAGAAUUUCUGUUUUCGUUUUCGCACACGCACAGUGAAGCGAUUAUCAGAUAAAUAGACUGUGACUGACUCUCCGGGGAGUUGGAGUUCAUUAGGGACUUUUGCGCCCUCUAGCUGCCAGGGUCUGUCAGCUCCUUAAAUGUGUUACGUUAGACACCCUCAGCGGUAAAGGAAAACCACUAUUUAACCAGUGCUGCAUGUUUGCACAAAUAUAUUUAACCUUUUUAACCAAGAAUAACUUCACCCGUGUGUUUUUUUACAAAGCUUUCAGUAUAAAGCUGCUGAUCGACGGGCUCCGUGUGAAAACACGGAAUGUAGGGGCGCUUCUCACGUGACUCUGAAUGUUCUGUGAGGGUCCGCUCUCAUCUUUUCACUCACAUGUGCUUUUUUUGUGCUCCAAUUUUUGCUCUCUUCCCUAAUUCUCUCCCUCUCUCUCUUCCUCCCCCCCUCUCUCUAGCUCGGGAUGUGUAAACCCGCAAAAACCCGGGAUGUGUAAACCCGCAAAAACCCUAUUCAGGAUCAGAGGUUUUCUUUUAGUGUUGUGCAUGUGUGUUGUGAGCAGCACAUCAUCUUCCAAAGACGUGCAUGUAAAAAAAAAAAAUAUAUGUAAAAUAAAAUGUUUAAGAGAAGGGAAGGGCAAAGGGAUAUCAAAUAUGAUUACAAAGAUUAUUCUUAAUUGACAGAGAGAGCAUGUUUUAAUGGACUUUUAAAAGGAGAAAAGUGGGAAAUCAGCCAGUUCCAGUCUACCGUGUCUACCUUCCCCCAUCUGACCUCACUGCAGGGGGGGGGGGCUUCGCUUAGCCUCCGACCAUAAAUAUGAACGUCUAAAAAGGGUGUUCACAUCCCUUUUAAACUUUGUGUACAAUGUCAUAGUUUUAUAUCAAUGUACUGCAGUGCAUGCCCUCCAGUUGAGAGUAAUCAGAACUUUUAUCAGAAAUUUAUAUAAUAGCUAUGUAUAUUAUUGCUGCGUUCAAGUCUAUAAAAUAAGCCAUUUAUAAGCAAACUGUUUAAAUGUUGAAUGACGAAAGCUCAAAGUCACCAUUUCAUCUUUUCCUAAGGAAAUGAUUUUUUUGGCAGGGGAUGGGUGGGCUUUGCGUGUGCGAAAUAACCAGAACCUUUCGUUUUGCACUGUGAUGUAACCGAUAAAGGGAUUCUGCAGUAUGGUGCCGGAAGCAGUCGGUCGCUUCCGGCCACCUGGAUCCCAGGCGGCUCCGAGCUCCCGAGUCCCGGUGCUGAUGACUGUGCCGUGCAUCACAUGACCUGUGGUUUCAGUGAAAUAAACCAAAUUGUACAUGA